AGGCUGAAUCAUCCUCAGCAUGACAGCCAGCAGCAGCAGCUCUCUAGUGUGCAGACCAAACUCUACCCUACCGCUCACAGGCACCCGGGCCCUUUUAUUCUGACCAUCUGAAUUAUCAUAUACCGGCUCGUCAUCGCGUAUUCUUAUCCUCAUGCGUUGAAAUGGUCAUCUUAUUUCAGGAUCUUCCGCAGAACAGGUCGCUCUGUCUCUUGGACUGCUGAUUAUUAGUCGCCAUUACGCAUUCAAUGUUAUUAAGACAGUUGCGGCUUGCCUUACCACGCGUCCCUGUAGUUUAUCUCUCUUUCAAUAGACCAUAAGAGGUGGACGCUCCGUAAUUUUGUUUACUCAAGACGCCUUAUAUUAAGCCUUUAUAAUCAGAACUGAGCCACUGAAGGACACUGACACCGUGCAGCGAUGUUCGAAACCAGAGGAAUUCCCUUUAUAUUGCUUGAUAUCGCGUGCCUAGUACUUGCUGGCCUCCCGCUUGCAGCGUUUAACCUGGGUAAAAUCAAACCAUUUCAGCAGGGCUUUUUCUGUAAUGAUGAGAGCAUCAGCUAUCCCUUCCACUCCAGCACAGUCACCUCCACUGUGCUCUACACAGUGGGCUUCACAAUUCCUAUUUGUAGUAUGAUCAUAGGGGAGUGCCUUUCAGUCUAUCUAAAGCGCAUCAAAUCAAAGUCUUUCUGCAACGGUUAUGUAGCCUGCAUCUAUAAGGCCAUCGGCACCUUUGUGUUUGGUGCCGCCAUAAGCCAGUCACUCACUGACAUUGCCAAGUAUUCCAUCGGCCGUCUGCGGCCACACUUCCUCGAUGUGUGCAGACCCGACUGGAGUCGGAUCAACUGUACUGGAGGGGCUUACAUUGAGGACUUCAACUGCACUGGGGAUGAAACCAAGUUCAACGAGGGCAGGCUCUCGUUUUACUCUGGUCACUCCUCAUUCUCCAUGUACUGUAUGCUGUUCCUGGCACUUUAUCUUCAAGCAAGAAUGCAAGCGGAGUGGGCACGGCUCCUUCGACCCACAAUCCAGUUCUUCCUGAUCGCUGCCUCUGUCUAUACGGGACUGUCCCGCGUCUCAGACUACAAACAUCACUGGAGUGACGUACUCACAGGCCUCAUACAAGGAGCAAUUGUGGCUUUACUAGUGGUAUUCUUUGUGUCAGAUUUCUUCAAAAAGAAGGUUGAACCCCAGAAAGAGGUAGAGAUCCCACACACCACCUUACAAGAGACGCCUACGAAUGGAAAUCAUUAUGACAGCCCAAACUAAGCUAUCAGGAACGUUUUUGACAUGCCCCAUGGAGUCGAUGGGAGGAGGAUUAAGAAUGCACCCACUACAAGGGCAGACCACUAGGGUGGAAACCUGUGAAUGUAACUUGGCUUUUAAUGUUUUCUAGACCCCCCGGGGAUUGGUCUCUUUACGGACACUGUCCCACGUUGCCUUGGCUGGACUGCUUCUGCUGCUACCACAGCUUCCUGUGUAUCUCCUAAAACUAAUAAGUGUACCUGUAUUAAGCCACAAAAAAAUCACUAUACAGACUUUUUUUUAUUAAAACUGAUAAAAUGUAUGUACAAAAUGUUGCGCUUUUUGAUGAAUACAAGAACCUAUUAUGCUUGUUGAUAUGAACACAAAUAAAACAAUUAUGUUCAAUGUUAA